AUGCCGAGAUUCAACAUCAGUAGUAGUAUGGAUCUGAUCGACCCUCUCAAAGAUCUUGGCAUCCAGUCCAUGUUUGGUGGAAGAGCGGAUUUGUCUGGGAUCACUGGAACACCAGGACUAUAUGUAGACUCGGCCAUCCAGAAAGCUGUAUUGGAAGUGAAUGAACGAGGAUCUAGAGCCUCGGCUGCAACUGGUUUGGGAAUCUCGAGAGGAAUGAUAAUGCUGAACCCACGACUUGACCUCAGCCAUCCAUUUAUGUUCGUCAUUCGGGAUGUCACAAACAAGAUGAACCUCUUUGUGGGAAGAUUCUCUGAUCCAAGAUCACAAUAA